AUGGGACUCGCUCAUGUAAAGGGCUGGGGCAGCUGUCGGCGCGGGAGCUGGCGGCGGCGGCGGGGCGAGCGGAAGGCGGCGAGCCGGGCGCUGUCGGCGGAGCUGGUGGCCCAGCUGGCGCGGCGAGACGAGCUGGCGUUCGAGAAGGAGGUGAAGACGGCGUUCAUUGGGGCGCUGCUGGCGGUGCAGGGGGAGCAGCGGGAGCAGCGGGAGGCUGCCCGUCGCCGCCGUCGCGACAGGGGGCUGAGCCUGCAAGGGGGGCGCCCCGAACGCGGGAACCACAUGCCCCGGAAGCGAUUCAGCAUGGAGGGCAUCUCCAGCAUCCUGCACUCGGGCCUGCGCCAGACCUUCGGCACCGCUGCCAACGAGAAGCAGUACCUGAACACAGUGAUUCCCUAUGAGAAGAAGGGGUCACCGCCCUCUGUUGAGGACCUGCAGAUGCUCACCAACAUCCUGUUUGCCAUGAAGGAGGGGAACGAGAAGGUGCCCACACUGCUCACGGACUACAUCCUCAAAGUGCUCUGCCCAACCUGAUGCAGCGCUGCCCUCGUGCCCCCCCCCCCCCAACUCGGCACCCCCCUGAAAAUGGGGCCAAACCUGAGGAAAAAGGGUUGCCUACGCCCCUCCCCUCUCUCUGCACUCCCUCCACCUUUGCACAGCUGGGAAAUAAAUAAUUCGUUUCAUUAAAUAA